AUGGCUGCCUGCCACAUGGAAUCAUUGAGAAAGUUGGUUGUUGACGAAAAUCAUAUCUCACAAAUCCCGUCUGAGAUGUGCAACCUGGUGAGAUUGGAGAUGUUGUCAGCACGAUCAAACAAGCUGCGUCAACUUCCCAGCGACUUCUCAUGCCUUACUUGCUUGUCUGUCCUCAACCUCAGCCACAAUGAAUUCGAUAGGAUGCCAUCGCUGGCAAAACUUGCGAGGUUGAAAGAACUGGACUUAUCGCACAAUGACAUCAGUAUGGUUGUUGCUGGAGUUCUGCCGUCUCCGAACCAUCUCCUCCGACUUGAUUUAUCUCACAAUCACUUGGAACAAAUAUGUUGA